AUUUCCUCAGAAUUCUGAUCCCCAGAGAGAAACACCACUCACCAGUCACCACUGCAGAGCAAAGCAAAGAAAAGAAAAUGGAGACUAAACCAACAGAGAUCAGUAGCUCAAAGAUGUUUGGAGGGUACAACAAGAGGUACAAGCAUUUCAGCCCCACUCUGGGCUGUUCCAUGACCUUCUACAUCUACUUCCCUCCUACUCCUUCCUCUUCUUCCAAAUUCCCUGUACUUUACUGGCUCUCUGGCCUUACAUGCACAGAUGAGAACUUUAUAGCCAAGUCAGGAGCUCAACGUGCUGCUUCAAGUGAGGGUGUUGCUUUGAUUGCCCCUGAUACAUCCCCAAGAGGCCUGAAUGUAGAAGGAGAGGCAGACAGCUGGGAUUUUGGUGUAGGUGCUGGAUUUUAUCUGAAUGCUACACAAGAGAAGUGGAAGAACUGGCGUAUGUAUGACUACGUUGUCAAAGAAUUGCCAAAACUUUUAAGUGAAAAUUUCCCACAGCUUGAUACUUCACGGGCAUCUAUAUUUGGUCAUUCUAUGGGUGGGCAUGGUGCUUUAACAAUCUACCUUAAAAACCUUGACAAGUAUAAGUCAGUGUCUGCUUAUUCUCCGAUUGUGAAUCCUAUAAACUGUCCCUGGGGCCAGAAGGCUUUCACAAAUUAUCUAGGCAGCAACAAAGCCGAUUGGGAGGAAUAUGAUGCCACUUUCCUGAUUUCGAAGUUCCAUGAUGUAUCUGCUACCAUUCUGAUCGAUCAGGGGGAUGAUGACAAAUUCUUGCAUGAUCAACUCCUGCCCCACAAGUUUGAAGAGGCAUGCAAGAAUGCUAAUAUUCCACUCCUUCUGAGAUUGCAACCUGGUUACGAUCACUCCUACUAUUUUAUUGCCACCUUCAUUGAUGAUCACAUCCGCCACCAUGCUCAAGCUCUGUCCCUUAAAUGAAGCUUACAGUUUUCGAGAAUCUAGAACUAUAAAAACUGUUGUCCUGGACUAAGGACACUAGAUUCUCAUAAAAACUGUCGGCCUUGACGAUUGUCGCACUUCUGCUUUUAUUUAAGUGGUUUUGAUUUUCCCAUGGAAAUAUUUAGUAUACAUGCACUGGUAAACAUGCUGGUACUUGAGAUAUAUAAUUAUGUGAUAAACAUGGUGUGACUUAUGCCUCUCUGAUAAUAUGAUAUAUAAUUAUGUGAUAAA